UCCGGGUCCCCGGCCUCGCUGCUGCGGCGUCUGCUCCCGGCGGCGGCGGUGGCGGCGGCGGCGCGAGCGGCCAUGGAGGCGGGCGCCGGGGCCAGCGCGGGCGCUGCGGGCUGGAGCUGCCCCGGCUCAGGACCCACGGUGACCACUUUAGGCUCCUAUGAGGUGUCUGAGGGUUGUGAGAGGAAGAAAGGCCAACGCUGGGGGUCCCUGGAACGGCGGGGGAUGCAAGCUAUGGAGGGGGAAGUGUUACUCCCAGCUCUCUAUGAGGAGGAAGAGGAGGAGGAAGAGGAGGAAGAAGAGGUGGAAGAAGAGGAAGAUCAAGUGCAGAAAGGUGGCAGCGUGGGCUCCCUGUCGGUUGGCAAGCACCGGGGCUUGAGCCUCACGGAAACGGAGCUGGAGGAGCUGAGGGCUCAGGUGCUGCAGCUGGUGGCAGAGCUGGAGGAGACCCGGGAACUGGCAGGGCAGCAUGAAGACGACUCUCUGGAGCUGCAGGGGCUCCUGGAGGAUGAACGGCUGGCCAGCGCCCAGCAGGCAGAGGUGUUCACCAAGCAGAUCCAGCAGCUCCAAGGUGAGCUGCGGUCUCUACGGGAGGAGAUUUCCCUAUUAGAGCGUGAGAAGGAAAGUGAACUUAAGGAAAUAGAACAGGAGUUGCAUUUGGCCCAGGCUGAGAUCCACAAUCUGCGACAAGCAGCAGAGGAUUCUGCAACUGAACAUGAGAGCGACAUAGCAUCCCUGCAGGAGGAUCUCUGCCGGAUGCAGAAUGAACUCGAUGACAUGGACCGCAUUCGGGGAGAGUAUGAGAUGGAGAUCGCCUCCCUCCGUGCAGAAAUGGAAAUGAAGAGCUCUGACCCAUCCAAUAGUUUAAGUCUCUCAGAUUUCUCUGAGAUGCAAGAAGAACUGCACCAACUGCGGGAACGCUACCGCUUCCUGAACGACGAGUACCGGGCUCUGCAGGAGAGCAACAGCAGCCUCACAGGGCAGCUUGCAGACCUGGAGAUGGAGAGGACACGAAGAGCAACGGAAAGGUGGCUGGAGUCCCAAACACUAAAGAGUAUGAUGUCGUCAGAGUCUCAGACGUCAGAAAUGGAUUUUCUAGAGCCUGAUCCUCAAACCCAGUUGUUGCGACAGCAGCUUCUGGGAGCUGAAGAGCAGAUGCAUGGCAUGCAGAACAAGUGUAAGGAAUUGUGUUGUGAGUUGCAAGAGUUACAGCAUCAUCGCCGGGUCAGUGAGGAGGAGCAGAGACGGCUGCAGAGGGAGUUGAAGUGUGCACAGAAUGAGGUGCUUCGGUUUCAGACUUCCCACGUCACCCAGAAUGAGGAGCUGAAGACCAGACUCUGUACCCUGCAGCAAAAGUAUGAUGCUAGCCAGGAUGAGCAGAAUGAGCUCUUGAAGGUGCAACUACAACUUCAGACUGAGCUCCGGCAGCUCAAAGUCAUGAAAUCCACAGUCAUAGAAAGCCAAAGUGAGAAGGAGUUACUGUGCCGGCUGCAGAAGCUGCAGCUCCAGUACCAGAACAUCACAUGUGAGAAGGAGAAGCUGCAGGAAGUGCAGCAACAGCUGCGGGAGGACCUGCAGUACUAUGAGGCAGAAGUGCAGCGCCUCAAGGACAUGGUGGCCUCCUUCCAAGAGAGCUGUGAGAAGAACACAGAGAUGCACACCCAGCUUCAGGAGAUGAAGCAGCUGUACCAGACCAGCAAGCAUGAGCUGGAGCAGCAGAAGCACAUGUAUGAUCAGCUGGAGCAGGACUUCCUGCUCUGCCAGCAGGAGCUGAAGCAGCUCAAGACCACCCAGCCCAUCCCAGAGGACAAGGGAAAAUGUGCCAAUAAGUGUGAUACAGUGCUGUCCAGACUGACAGAAUUGCAGGAAAAGUACAAGGCCAGCCAGAAGGAGAUGGGGCAACUGCAAAUGCAGCAGUGUGAGCUCCUGGAGAAUCAGAGGAGGAUGCAGGAGGAGCAGGGCCAGCUGCAAGAAGAGCUGCACAGGCUCACGUUCCCGCUCCCAAAAUCUGGUCUCUUCCAUAAGAGUCAGGAGCUGCUUACAAAAUUACAAGACUUGUGUGAACUACAGCUGCUCUACCAAGGCAUGCAGGAGGAGCAGAAAAAACUGAUACAGAAUCAAGAAAGUGUAUUAAAAGAACAAUUAGAGCUGCACCAAGAGCUGCAACUUUUCAAAGAUUCUCGUUUCCGGGAAGUGUUGGAGAAUCCUGAGGGUUCCAAAUCACCUAAGUCCUCAAAAUGUGGUCAUAACAAGUCCAAGAUGAUCAUCGACCAGAUGCAGGCUCUGCAGGUGCUGUAUGAGGCCAGUCAGACUGAGCAGGAGCUACUGCAGCAGGAGCAGGGGAGGCUCCUAGAGGAACGGAAGAGGCUGCAGGCCGACUUGCAGCUCUGCCUGGAAGAAAUGCAGCUGCUCCAAGUCCAGUCCCCCUCUAUAAAAAUGAGCCUUGAGUCCUACAAGAAGAGUUAUGGUAGCAUGGCCCCCAGCAGUGAGAAUUGUCACAAGAGUUAUGGUAGCACCAUUGAUGACAGCGAGAGUUAUCACAAGAGUUACGGUAGCACCCAGGCCAGCGAUGAGAGCCUUCUCAAGAGCUAUGACAGUAGCACCAGUACCAGUGAGACCUGUGAGAAGAGUUACCGCACCAGCAGCAGCAGCAUCGACGAUAAGAGGAGUUAUGGCAGCACCAGUAGCUCUGACACCUGUCACAAGAGUUAUGUCAGCAGCAACAGUGACGAUGAGCCUGCUGAGCCUGAAGAUGUAGAGCACUUUGAGACUGUCGUUGCUAAGGUGCUGAUCAGGCUGCAGGGCGUGCAGGCCAUGUACCAGCUCAGCCAGGAGGAGCACGACCUGCUGCAAGAGCGGAUGAAAAAGCUGCUGGACAAGCAGAGAGAGCUGAAGGAAGAGCUGGAGGCCUGUGAAAAAGAAUUCAAGGAGUGCAUGGAAUGUCUGGAGAAGCCUGUUGCCUCCCAAAAUGACAAGAAUGAGAUCAAAGAACUGCAGAGCAAGCUGCGGGAGCUGCAGCUGCAGUACCAGGCUAGCAUGGACGAGCAGGGGCGGCUCCUGGCGGUGCAGGAGCAGUUGGAGGGGCAGCUGCAGUGCUGCCAGGAAGAGCUUCACCAGCUCAAAGAGAAGAGGUCCGCUGUAACCAAAGAAACCAAGGGGAAGAAUGUCAAUAAGAACAUGAACAAGAAUGCCAAUGGGGUUAAGAAUAAAAAGGUGACCAAGCUAUGUUCGGACAGUCCUGAGGACAGCUUUGAGAGCAGAAAGAGUCUGGAGGUGGUGCUCUAUUACAAGGCCAGCCACAAAGAUUUAGAUGAACUAGCAAAAGAGGAAAAGAAAGAGGAAAUGGAGGACCAAAAAAAGGAGGAAAUCAAAGGGGAGAUGAAGGAGGAGUCCUGGGAAGAACUAGUUUCUGAGCAACCAGAUCCCACAGAGAUUGAGUCCACAGAAGAUCAGGAGGAGAGAGAUGAAGAGUUCCAAGACCAGAAGGGCAAGGAAGAAGACAAUGAAGAUGAGGAAGACGAUGACUCUGGCCCUGAAGCUUCAGAGGAAAACAACCCCCUCAGUCUUUCUGAGAGCAAAAAGGCCUGGUGGUCAUAUCGGCUUUGCUCUGGUGCUGGUGGGCUGAGACGUCGUCCUAACGCAGAACAUGUUUGGGAUGUGGAAGCCUAUGGUGUUCUUGGCUAUUGCAGCUGUGGCUCUGUAUGUGUUACCCAACAUGCGACCGCAGGAGACAGAGGUCUGCCUCACGGAGUGAUGGCAGGCCAGGGCCAGCUGAGGGGGCAGAUCCCCAGUGCCCACAACCCUCAACUUUGGGCAGGACACACUGUGCCAGAGCCCCGCCCCACCCAUACGUCCUGUGUGUCCCCAUCUCCUUAGCCUCAGUCACCCAGGCUGGAAAGGCUUAUGGGGAGCGGCUAGCUCCCAUCUCCUGCCUUGUAUAAGAACUUGGGUUCCUUGUAAUUAAA